CAUGCAAAACAUACAAAUUAACUAUGGUGAGGUAGUUUACCAUAUAAUUUGCUAAAGAGAACAUCUUGUUAGAAACAUAUAUUAUCAACUUUACAUCUUUACGAAUGCUAUAACAUUAUCAACUGUAAUUCUAUUGAUUUAUAAUCUAAUUAUAGGAAAUCGAAUCACCUACUCCAAAAUAUAUUGUGUCUAUAAAUUUAGAGAAUAAUAUACAUUGGGUUAAAAAUAACUAGAGAGUUUUAACUUAAUUCGGAAUUGAAUACAAAGGAACAAUCAAAUAUUUCACAGCACCAGAAUAAGAGCUAAAAAUAUUUAAGAGAAUAGUCAAAAACAAAAUAAUGUAUCGAGAAGUUAGUGAAUUCUAUCAACCAUUAAAACUUUUGGGUAAAGGUGGAUCAUCUAAGGUAUAUUUUUAAACUAAAAUGUUAGGUCUAUUUAGUAUAAGAAAAGGACAAUUCAGCAGAAUUUGCAUCCAAAUGUAUUGAGAAAAGAUAUCUCAGAGAAGAUGGUGGCUAUGUAAGAAUUACUCAUAUAACAUUAAGACUGCUUUAUUCAAUGAAAUUAGUAUCAUGGCUGACCUAGACAAUGAGUAAAUCGUCAAACUAGAGGAAGUCUAUGAAGGAGACAAUACAUUUUAUCUCAUACUUGAGUAUUUAAAGGGACCAAGUUUACAUGACUUAUGUAAUAGUAGAAGUACAACAUAACCUUUGACUUGGGAACAGAUUAAGCAAAUUAUGUGGGUACUUUAAUAUGUUUAAAUUUUAUAGUAAUUACUCAAAGGAGUUGCUCAUAUGCAUAAUUUAAAUAUCAUGCAUCGUGAUCUCAAACCAGAGAAUAUCAUGUUUAAAGAAUAUGGCUCUGUUUAAAAUCUUAGAAUAGUCGAUUUUGGUUUGGCAACUAAUACAAAUGUAGAUAAAUACCCAUUCCCAAAAUGUGGUACUCCUGGUUAUGUUGCUCCAGAAAUUGCUAAUCUUAAAGAUCUCACAUUAAAAUAUGAUAAGAUCUGUGAUAUGUUUAGUGUUGGUUGCAUCUUCUAUAAAUUGUAAGCUAUAGUAUUUGAUAAUUUAGAAUUACUUAGAAAGAUUUAUUCCCAGGAAUAGAUUAUCAGGAAAUUCUUAAACUUAACAAAAAAUGUUAUGUUAAUCUUGAUAAUCUAUAAAUGUACAAAGCACCCUCUUCUGCUGUUGAUCUAAUUUCUUAAAUGCUUAAUCCUAAUCCUAGUUUAAGAAUCUCUGCUUAAAAAGCCUUAGAGCACUUAUUUUUUGUUCAAAGUCCAUAAGCUGAUAUUAGAACUAGCUUUUAGACAAAGAAGCGACUAGAUCCUUAGAACAAAUUAUGGUAGACUUAACUUUUCAAAAACAGCAAAUCAGAUAAAAUUUAGCUUCCAGAGAUUCCUGUUAAGCUUAGGUAAUAAGUAAGAGAGGAUGAAGUAAUUGAAGAUGAAAAGGUAUGCAUAAAUGUUCCUGUCAUGAAAAGUCCAAGAUUUCAAUAAUAAAUUAAAUAGAAAAAUAUUAAUCUAAUUGAUAGUUAACCUUCAACUCCUAGAACAAAAUAAAUUAAGAAAUAUUCAACUCAAGAUUAUGAUUUAUCAUCUGAUGCAUCAUCUCCUGAUUCUGGUAGAAUGAGACCAACUAUUGUACUUAAAAAUUAAACUCAAAGUUCAGCUAAAGCUCAAACUCCAAGAGCUAAACCAAGCAAAUAAAUAGUUUUUCAAAGACAAAUGUCAAAUCAACCUAUUGAAGAAGUUAAUGAAGAAGAAAUAAAAGCUUGAAC